ACCUUUUAGAAUUGUACUGCUACCCCAAAAUUAGAUCGACCACCUCUCCCAUGUUCCUCGUGUCGUACACAGGCCGGUCGACGCCACCGUUCCAGUCCGCCAUUGGAGGUUCCCUACCUCUGUCCGCCCGCCAUAGCUCCAACCCAGUUGCCUCACACCUGAACAACGGGUUAAUAGCGCGACUCGAGGAGAACCGAAGCAGGUCAAAAAUACAAAAUAACCCAUCAUCCAAUCGUGGCCCAGCAUUGGUUCAACUCUACAAAGGUUGUAAAAGUUGUAAGCCUCUGUGGACUGGGCCAGUCGCUUGGGGUUAAUCUGCUGGAGUUUAUAAUGCAGCCAUGGACACAGCUUCAGAGUAAGCAAAUAUGCUGUAGAUGGCGUCGCGUUCGGAAUGGAAUUUCUUGAAAGUGUUUCUGUAGUUGCAGUCAGCAUACUUGGGCCAUUGUUAUGCUUUGUCCGAGUCAAUAGCUAGUUUCUUCUUGGAAUACUGAAAAACAAAGAUAAACUACAUAGGUGUUAAAGAGAUGGAAUUACGAAUGAAAGUCACUCAAGCGGUUCAUGUCCUAAAUCAUGAUACCCAAUCUUGCAACCGCGUGGCAGCAAAUCAGUGGUUAGUUCAGUUUCAACAGACUGGUGCUGCUUGGGAAGUUGCCACUGCUAUCCUUACCUCCGAUCGAAUUCAACAUCCGCUGUCCUCCUUUGUCCCUGAGUUGGAAGUCGAGUUCUUUGCUGCUCAGAUUCUUAAGCGGAAGAUCCAGAAUGAAGGCUACCUUUUGCAAUUAGGAGUAAAAGAUGCUCUACUAAAUGCUCUUCUUGUGGCUGCCAAAAAGUUUAGUUCAGGCCCUCCUCAGCUUUUAACUCAAAUCUGUCUUGCACUCUCUGCGCUUAUUCUGAGGACGGUAGAGCAUGGGAAACCCAUUGAUCGUCUUUUCUACAGUCUUCAGAAUCUGCAGAGUGUGGACAACGGCAAUUUAGCUGUGUUGGAGAUGCUUACUGUUUUACCUGAAGAAGUUGUUGACAGCCAAAAUGUCGAUUGUAAAAUAAGUUCAUCCUGUCGAAGCCAAUAUGCCCGAGAGCUUCUGUUGCACACUCCUAUGGUUCUUGAGUUCCUACUGCAGCAGUCUGAGAAAGGAUUUGAUUGUGGUACACAGCCACAGGAAAGGAACAGAAAAAUUCUUCGAUGUUUGCUGAGUUGGGUUCGUGUUGGGUGCUUCUCCGAGAUACCUCAGGGUUCACUGCCAACGCAUCCCCUUCUUAAUUUUGUGCUCAAGUCCUUGCAAGAUGCUGCUUCAUUUGAUUUGGCUAUUGAAGUUCUCGUUGAGCUCGUGAGUAGACAUGAGGGGUUACCGCAGGUUCUGCUGUGCAGAGUACAUUUUCUCAAGGAAAUGCUUCUUUUGCCUUCUCUUGGUAGUGGAGAUGAGAAAGUAAUCGGUGGUCUUGCAUGCUUGUUCUCAGAAGUUGGGCAAGCAGCACCAUCCUUGAUUGUAGAAGCCAAUGCUGAAGCUCUCGCAUUAGCUGAUGCACUCUUGAGUUGUGUGGCUUUUCCAAGUGAAGACUGGGAGAUUGCUGACUCUACAUUGCAAUUUUGGUCUUCUCUUGCGAGUUAUAUUCUUGGCCUUGAUGAGAACAAUUCGGGAAAUAGGAAACAUGUGGAAGAUGUAUUUUUAUCUAUCUUUUCAGCACUGCUUGAUGGGCUUCUAUUACGUGCUCAGGUGGUUGAAUCUGCUUUCAAUGAGGAAAGAGGAAUGCUAGAUCUACCUGAUGGUCUUAUCCAUUUUAGAAUGAAUAUCGUUGAGCUUCUGGUGGAUAUUUGUCAAAUUUUAAGGUCUUCGAGAUUUAUGGAAAAGUUUUUGAAGCUUUGCAGUUGUAGUUUGGUUGGUUGGUUGAUGAAGAUUUCAAAGUUUCUUAUUAGCUUGUGGGUUGGCAUUAUGGUGGCUUAUUAUUAUUGGAGAUGUUUUGAAGAUAGCAUUGAGCUUUUCUUCAGUGGUUGGACCAAUGGUAAUGUACCAAUUCCUUGGAGGGAAGUGGAGGGCAAAUUGUUUGCUCUGAAUGUGGUUGCUGAAGUAGUCCUACAGGAGGGUCAGAGUUUUGAUUUCUCUGUUAUCACGCAACUGGUGACGAUCCUGUCUGCUAGACCUUCAAAUGAGAUUAAAGGCAUAAUGUGCCUUGUUUAUAGAUCCCUGGCAGAAGUUGUUGGGUCUUACUUUAGGUCAAUAUCUGCUUUCCACACCGAUGCCAGACCCUUACUAUUAUUUCUUGCUACCGGGAUCACAGAAUCUGUCUCUUCACAUGCUUGUGCCUUUGCCCUCCGUAAAAUUUGUGAGGAUGCAACUGCUGUAAUCUUUGAACUGCCAAAUUUGGAAAUUUUGAUUUGGAUGGGAGAGAGUCUGGAGAAGUUGCAUUUACCUUUGGAGGACGAGGAAGAAGUAGUGAGUGCUGUAAGUUUGAUACUUGGUUCAGUUCCUAAUAAAGAACUGAAGAGCAACUUGUUGGCUAGACUGCUUUCAUCAAGCUACGAAGCAAUUGAGAAACUAGUUGAUGAAGAUAACGCACUAUCUCUGAGACAGAAUCCAGCUGCUUACACGAAAAUAUUGACCUCUGCUGUGAGGGGCCUGUAUAGGAUGGGAACUGUAUUUAGCCAUCUAGCCACAUCUUUGUCAACUGAGCCUACUCUGGAUGAUCCUAUAUUUUCUUUGUUGAUAGUUUUCUGGCCAAUGCUAGAGAAACUUCUAAGGUGUGAACAUAUGGAGAAUGGUAAUCUCUCUGCAGCAGCUUGUCGUGCUCUAUCUCUAGCCAUCCAGUCUUCAGGUCAACACUUUGUUGCAUUGCUGCCAAAAGUCUUAGAUUGCCUAUCGACAAAUUUCGUUUUGUUCCAUGGUCAUGAAUGUUACAUCAAAACAGCUUCAGUUAUUGUUGAAGAAUAUGGUCAUCAAGAAAAAUUUGGGCAUUUGUUUAUCACCACGUUUGAAAGGUUUACUUAUGCAGCAUCUGUAAUUGCUAUCAAUUCCUCGUAUAUAUGUGACCAAGAACCUGAUCUAGUGGAGGCUUACACAAAUUUUGCAUCAAUCUUUAUCCGAUGCUCUCAUAAGGAAAUAUUAGCUGCAUCUGGUUCUCUUUUGGAGGUUUCAUUCCAGAAAGCUGCUAUAUGUUGCACAGCCAUGCAUCGUGGGGCAGCAUUAGCAGCAAUGUCAUACUUGUCUUGUUUCUUGGAUGUUAGUCUAGCAUCAAUGUUAGAGUUAGCGAGUACAAUUUCUGAGGGACCAUUUGAUUCUAUGGUUAUUCGAGUUAUAUCCCACAGCGGCGAGGGGCUUGUAUCAAACAUUCUAUAUGCUUUGCUUGGUGUUUCAGCAAUGUCACGGGUUCACAAGUGUGCAACUAUUCUGCAACAAUUGGCAGCAAUUUGCAGUAUCAGUGAAAGAACGGAUUUGAAAGCUGUCCUCCGCUGGGAAUCUUUGCAUGGCUGGCUACUAUCAGCGGUACAGGCUCUUCCGCUUGAAUAUUUAAAACCAGGGGAAGUAGAAACCCUUGUACCACUAUGGUUAAAAGCCCUUGGAGAUGCAGCCUCUGACUACCUUGACAGUAAAAGCUGUGAUGAAUUAAAGAAUAAUUAUGGACAUAUGCAAGGGAAGGGUGGAAGAGUUCUGAAGCGUCUAGUUCGCGAAUUUGCUGAUGGUCACCGCAAUAUCCCAAAUGUGACCUGAUUGCUACAUGACAUAUUAUAAUAUCAUUACAGGAGCCCCCGCUCUUAGACUCUUCUGCUAAUGCUCCUUCUGUUGUUGAACAGUGUAUUUGGCAGUUGAAAGUUCAAUAUGUGGCUGGUUUGGAAGCAUUGGUCAAUCUUGGCAAUAUCCUACAUAACUUAUGACCAUUAUCUAUGGCUUUUUUCCCUUUUUUUUGGGUACAGCGCCGUGUUCCAGUUUUGUUAGAUCAUCAAAUGUUAAAAUUUUGUCCAUAUAAUUGAUUCUUUUUUCCUUCCAAGCUCAGGUCAGAUUUUUUGUGGCUAUUGGAGAUGAUAUAGUAAUUACUUCCAUGCUGCUUGGUGGUCGUGCGAUAGCCGUAUAAGCUUGGGUUACUCGUACUUUCUGGGGAUGAAAAGAUGAAAAAGGAACUCAUUAGUCCUUGGUAAGGAAAGCCUUUCAGAAGCUAAAAACUACUUUGCGAAGAUUGGAGGAUUAAAGCGGCAUGUUGGUUAUGGAAAGAGGUGAUCCUGCUUCUAUUUUUUGACUUGUGAAAUCCGGGUUAAAAAGUUGACUUGUACAAGUUUUUUUUUUUCUCUUUUUUUCCUUCUUGAAACAUGUAAUGAAGUAUUUAACAUUGUAGUGUUUUAAAUUUUAAUCCACUUAGGUCGGAGAAUUUUCUUCCGAAAGUCUAGCCAUUGUAAUUGAUUAUUUUAGAGGUCCUGCAAUAAGACCUUUUAUUCUCUUUGGAAAAAGAUGUAAUAUAUGAUUGUGGGAAUUCUAGUUUGCAUUCUGCGGGAUGGUAUAUAUGCAAUGAUGGAAAUUUACAUGUUA